GCUGCUGUUUACUUAUAAAUUCUUAUCUGACAAAGUACCGGCAGUUGAAUGCUGAUAAGAACCUUUAAUAGUGAAUGUUUUUCACUUUGACUCAGAGCUUAAAGUUAUGUCAACUAAACUGCAGCAUAUCCAAAAUCUACGCCACAUCUUUCAACGUUCGGUGGAAUCUGUUCGUCCGGCACAAUUGCUCAGCGAAGCGAACCAGUAUGCUUUGCGGCCGCAGGCAAAUGGAGAUGGUCGUUGCUUAAGUAUACAGAUACAGGGUAAAACAUUGGAUAUUACCCGUAAACACUGUCAUGUAGUCGGUUUCGGCAAGGCCGUGCUCGGCAUGGCAGUUAAGCUCGAGAAGUCGCUUGAAAAGCGAGUAGUGAGUGGUAUACUGAGCAUACCGGUAGGUACAGGGCAACAAUUUGAAGAUAUGCCCGAAAUGCAGCUAUCACCAAAUUCAAUUAUUGAAGUUAUAGAAGGCGCACCUAAUAAUCAGCCCGAUGAACGCGCACUCGAGGCUGCUCGACGCAUCAAAGCACUUGCGGCGAGUAUGACUGAAAAUGAUAUACUCUUUGUGCUCAUAUCAGGCGGUGGCUCAGCAUUACUACCGCUACCGCGUCCACCUUUAACACUACCUGAAAAAGUGCAAUUGGUGCGUCGUUUGGCAAAUUGUGGCGCAAGCAUUGAUGAAAUGAAUGUGGUGCGUAUUGCUUUGUCUGACAUCAAAGGCGGAGGCUUGGCAGCAGCGGCACGUAAUGCAUUUGCGGUUAUAUCUUUUGUGAUAAGCGAUGUAGUAGGUGAUCCGGUUGACAUUAUAGCCAGCGGACCCACUUGUGGCGUGAUUUCAAAACGUCAUACAGCAAAGGAAGUCUUGGAAAAAUAUGAAUUGUGGACUGAUUUGUCCGAGCAUAUAAAGGCUUUGGUGGAACAGCCAAAAGCGGAAGUACAAAUGAUGCCAGGUCGAAACAAUUCUAUUUAUAUUGUGGGCGACAAUCGCGUUGCAACAGCAUGUGCGGUGCAAGAGGCGCUACAAUGUGGCUACAAUCCUUUCGUUGCCAGCACCACGGUUGAGGGGGAAGUGCAACAACUUGUUAGUCAGUACAAAGACUUUUUACAUAACAUUUGCAAUUUCCGCAAGGCCACACUUGACGAGCUUGAGCUGAAAAAUCGCUUUCCCUUCGAUGCCCGCAUCUUCGAACAUUUCCUGAAAACAUUACUCAUGUGUGAGCGAACCCAGAAACCGAUGCUUCUGAUAUUGGCAGGUGAACCGACAGUUAAGGUCACCGGUAGCGGUUUGGGCGGUCGCAAUCAGGAAUUGGCUUUACGCUUAGCCCUUACAUUGUAUGAGCAUGCAGACAUGGAAAACAUCAUCUUUCUUAGCGCUGGCACGGACGGCAUUGAUGGUCCGACACCAGCUGCCGGUGCUAUUGGUUGUGAUAUAGUGAUACGUGAUUUUCUAAAGGAUACCUCAAUGAAUUUAAACAACGUGCAAACAUAUUUGCAAAAUAGUAAUUCAUACAACUUUUAUAAAAAUUUAAAUGGUGGUGAAUAUCACGUGCUGACGGGUCAUACGGGCACUAACGUCAUGGAUUUGCAAUUGAUGUUAAUACUCUAGAAUUAGCAUAAAAGUAACAAAAAGUACUUUAAUGGUAAAGGGUUAAAUGUACAUACAUACAUAAGUAUGCCUUAUAUGUAAAAAAAUAUUUAUAUUUUAAAUCGUAGAAUUGCGGUAUAGUCAGCUGUA